AUGAAUAAUAUUCGUUCACUACUUUCAAAUUCAUCAUCAAUUGUUCCUUUAAACUUGGAGGUUGAAACAACAGAUUCGUUAACUGCCGUUGCUGGACAUAUUUGUGUUUCUUAUAGAGGAUGUUUAAUUUGUUGGGGUGGUUACUGCUUUGAUGAAAGAGAAAUUAAUUAUAGGGAAACUAAUUGGCUAUAUAUUCUCCCCUAUAUUCUAUGUGGAGAGAAAAAUAAUAUUUGGAUCAAAAUUCAAUGCGAAACAAAUUUACAAUUACGGCCAAACUCUGGAGCAACAGCUGGUGUUCAUAAAGAUGUUUUGUAUAUAUUUGGAGGAUGUCUUUUUGAUGAAAUUCAUCGACGUUUAACGAAUACUUCAACAUUGCUAGCAAUCGAUCUUCGAACAGGCGUUUUAUCACCAAAAAGUAUACCUCAAAAUGGAAAAAUGCCAACACCGAGAGACAAAACAUCUUCGUGGAUUGCUGAUGACAAAUUUUUCAUUUUUGGUGGCUAUGGAAUGAGUUGGUAUCGUCUUGGACAUGGUAGCAAUCAACAAUAUUUUUUCCAACCUCAAUAUUUUUGUGAUGAUGAUAUGGGGACUUGUUGGAACAAUCAAUUAAUUUAUUAUGAUUUAAUCAAAGAAUGUUGGGUUGAAAAAGAGCAAGGUGGAACACGUCCUUCAGCUAGAGCUGCUGCUGCUUGUGCACAUGCUGAAGAAAUAAAUCAGGUUUUUAUUUUUGGUGGACGGCAUAAUCAAUCUCGUUUAAAUGAUUUGUAUUGUCUUGAUUUGGGAAGUUUUGUUUGGACACAAUUGUAA